AUGCCUUCUACGAUAGAGAUUACUGUUGGAGAUGACAUUGAAAGAAUAAGAUUGAUUCGGAAUAGUGUUUUUGGACACGUGUAUUCGGCUUCUACUUCACAACAAGCAUUUGAUGACAGCUGGUUAGUUAUAUCAGAUGUGUGUCAAAGGCUUCAAAACUAUACGGGUAAAAAGUACAUGGAUGGUCUUCAAAACAUCGCAAGACAGGCCCUGGAAGAAGAACACGAAGAAGCACUGGUAGAUAAACUGAGAGAAGAACAUGAAAAUAACAAAGAGCUUCGGGAAGAUAUGUCAACACUUCUAUCAGAUGUAAAGGAAAUAAAGGCAGGAAUGCACUUAAACAAAAUAAGUUGUCGACCGGUGUCUUUAAAUGAAGCAAUUAUUGCCAACUGGAAAAUGGAAAAUAAAACAUUUGUUCCCACUUUGGCAACGAAAGCAGUUGAAGAAAAACUCCAAAAUCAAAAUUUUGUCAUUGUCGUAGGCAAUUCCGGGUCAGGAAAGACUGCCACGAUUCAACAUAUUGCUUUAAAGUAUCAGAGACAGGGCUGGGAUAUCGUUCCCAUUGAUGAAGUCAGAGAAAUUAAAGAAAUGUGUUCAAGGUUCUUUACUCGGAGACUUUUUAUUAUGAAUGACCCCAUUGGAAAAGAGAAAUUGGAUGAAAUAUCUAAACAUUCAUGGGAAUCUUUUGAAAACACCAUAGAAAUUUGUUUGGAAAAAUCAAAAAUGUUGAUAUCUUGUAGACGGUGUGUGAUAAAAGAAAAUGCUUUGCAAGGGCUAUUCAGAGAACAAUCCAAUAUCGUAGAGAUUGACAGUGGGAGCAAUGUUUUAACAGAUGAAGAGAAGAUGCUAAUAAUCAAACAAGUACCUCAAAACACUAUUGAACUUUUAAUCUCCAAUGGAGCUGACAUCAAUGCAUGUUCUAAAUCUGGAGAAAGUCUUCUACACUCAGCUUGUAAAUCUGGAUAUGACAUAAUGGUACAAUUUCUACUGAACAAAGGCAUUAACAUAAAUACACGUGAUACAAAGGGUAACAGUCCACUCUGGUAUGCUUGUAGUAAUGGACAUGAAGGCACAGUUAAAUUGUUGUUGACUAAUGGAGCCAAUGUUAAUCUAUCAAACGAUAAAGGUUUCACUGUUUUUAAUGCAGUUUGUGAGUGUAAACACACUAAUAUAGUUAAGUGUUUACUGGACAGUGGAGCAGAUAUCAAUGCAUGUAAUUCCAAUGGAGAAAGUCCACUCUGGAGAGCCUGUUUCUUUGGUAAUGACAGUACUGUGAAAUUAUUGGUGCAAAAUGAUGCGAAUAUAAAUUUAUGUCGCAAUAAUGGAACGAGUCCUUUGUUUAUUUCUUGCGAAAAGGGAUUUGAAAAUAAAGUAAAGAUCUUACUAAACAACAAAGCAGACGCCGAUUUAUGUGACAACCAAUGUCUGAGUCCGAUUGGAAGAGCUUCCCAUGAUGGAAGAAACAAUAUCAUAAAACUUCUUCUCGACAAAGGAGCCGAUGUGAAUUUAUGUGAUAAAGAGGGAAGAAGUCCUCUUUACCUCGCUUGUGGUGAAGGACAUGACAACACGGUUAAGCUUCUAUUAAAAAAUGGUGCAGACGUCAAUUUAUGUCAAUUUGGAAAGUUUAGUCCACUAUAUGUAGCAUGUUGGAAUGAAAAUAACAGCAUGGUUAAAAUUUUACUGGAGAACGGUGUAGAUAUAUAUGCAUAUGAUAAAUAUGGAUGCAGUCCUAUCGUCAGAGCAUGUAAAGAAGGACAUGAAGCCGUAGUAAAAAUGCUAAUAGAACACGGUGCUGAUAUUAAUUUGCGAGACGAAAAUGGAAAAACAGUUAUAGACAUUGCUCGUGAUUUAAAUCGUGAAGAUAUUGUUGAUCUUAUGCACGAGACAUCAGUGAAAGAAUAA